AUGAGGGAGUACACACAAGAGCUCGAAAAGAUCAUCGAGGAGUGUUUCGACAGUAUGGAUAGAAGAUUGCGAAAGGCUCAUCGGUGGUGGAAGCGUGAAGCGAAGACUUUCAGGAGGGUUCAAUACUUGACACAGACAUUUAUCGAGUACAAAGCAGAGGGUACAUUUGGAAAGAGCAUUAUCAUAGCAUGA